UUUUUAUUCCGGAUGUAUUUCCAGCUUUGCUUCGGCAUUGAUAUUGCAACCAUUAGAUGUCAUAAAACUCAAUCAAAUUAAUCAAAAUUUAGGAUUUUUUAAAACUAUCAAGUACGUGAUGAAUAAAGAAAAUUCAUCUAAAUUGAGUAAAAUUAAACCGUUUUAUCAAGCUACACCGAUUACAGUUUUUGCAUACACAAUAAAUUAUUCGGUAUUUUUUGGCGUUAAAAACCUUUUAUCCGAGAGAACAUCAAAUUUCUUCUCUACUUCAAUCGGAGCUUUAGCUGGCUUAACAAUAUCUAAUCCGUUUUGGGUAUUAAAAACGAAGCAAACACUCUCCGGGCAAUCUUUAUUCCAAGUUACAUCCGAUUUAUUAGCGAAAUCGAAAUACAAAAUACUUACUUCAGGUUUGGUUUUUGGUUAUUUAAACUCAACAAACACAAUAAUGACUUUUAUGAUCUAUGAAAACAUCAAAAAUAGUUACGAAAUUAAUAGUAAAACAGGAAUUUGUUUAACUGCGGCAUUCUCUAAAGGAAUAAGUUACGUACUCACUUUUCCGUUAUUUUAUGGCAGAAUAAAUCAGCAUUCCACUAAUAAUUCGUUUGUUAAUACAUUAAAAACUAUCAUCAAGAAUCCAUUGAGAAACAAUUAUUAUGGGAUAGUCCCGACAUUAAUUCAGAAUAUCCCUAAAACAGUUUUGAUGAUAUUACUAUUCGAAAAUACUAAGAGAAAUUGAAAUUUUAUUUUUUUUAACGUUAAAAAUGACUCGUCAAUACUUAAACAUAGUAAAGAAGAUUUUAGCGACGGGAUAUAGGAGUAUCGAUCGCACUAAAGUCGGCACAUUCUCUACUUUUGGUGAAGUAAUGAGAUUUGAUAUUUCAAAAUCAUUUCCGUUAUUGACAACCAGAAAAAUAAGUUGGAAUGUUGUAACAAAAGAAUUACUGUGGUUUAUUAGUGGUUCAACUGACGCGAAAGUUUUAGAUAAAAAUGGCGUGAAAAUAUGGAAUGCGAAUAGCACAAAAGAGUUUUUAGCAACUAGACAAAUUUUUAAUAGAGAAGCCGGAGAUAUUGGACCAACUUAUGGAUUUCAAUGGCGUCACGCCGGAAUAGACUAUAAAGGAUGUGGUCACGAUUAUACAAAUCAGGGCAUUGAUCAACUACAAAACGUCAUUGAUUCUAUUAAAAACGAUCCAAAUAAUAGAAGAAUGUUGAUUUCAUCUUGGGAUGUUAAAUUAUUAUCUCAGAUGGCAUUGCCGCCAUGUCAUGUUUUAAUACAAUUUUAUGUUUCUGGAGAUAAAUUAUCUUCGCAAUUAUAUCAAAGAUCAGCGGAUAUAAUGCUCGGAGUUCCCUAUAAUAUUGCGUCGUAUGCUUUAUUAACUUACAUGAUUGCACAUCUUACAAACUUAAAACCAGAUAAAUUCAUUCAUAUAAUGGGUAAUACUCACUUAUAUUUGAAUCACGUGGACGCGGCGACGCAAUUAAUUGAAAGAGAGCCCUAUGAUUUUCCGACUUUAAAGAUAAAAAAUGAUAAAAAUGAUAUAUCGGAUUAUAAAUACGAAGAUUUCAUUUUAGAAAAUUAUAAAUAUCAUCCCCAUAUUAAAAUGGAUAUGGCCGUGUAGUAAUCCUAAUAAUACUUUAUUAAAUCCAACAUAUGCGGAUCGAUAUCUUGAUAAUAUGGAAGUAAAUCCCAUUUGAUUUUAUCUUUAUUAUUUUCAAUCACAGAUUUAUUCAAUUCUUGGCAUUUAAUGAUGUUAUCCCAGUUCACGUAAUCUUGAUAUUUGUUUAUAAAAGCAGAAUGUAAAAUCUGAUAUAUAGAAACAAGAUCCCAAUAUUUUUUUUUAUUUAGUCUAGGCAAUAUUUGUUCUAAAAAAUCUUCCGAUAAAACUUGGUAUUGCAAAAUGAGUUCCCAAUCCAAAUAAUCGGAAUACAUGUUGAUAAAUGUUUCGGGCAAAAUUACUUGCUGCGAAAUCAGAGACCAAGGAAUCUUGUCUAAUAUUUUAUCUAUUUCUUGCCAUUUUUUAUGCAAAAUUAAUAGCCUAAUAUCGGAUAAUAAUACUUCUUCGUUAGAAAAAUUGUAAUUUAGCCAGUUAAUUUUUUUAUUUUUUUUUAUGCAAUA